CGCAGCAUCAAAGAGACCGAAUUCCCGCGGCCUGGGGGGGAGUCAUGCUUUGCGGUCUGUAAUGUCAGCAGAACAGGAGAAGGAUUCCAUUUCGCUGAAGAGAGUUCGAGGUGGUGAUAGUGGACUGGAUGGGUUAGGAGGACCAGGUGUACAACUAGGAAGCCCUGACAAGAAAAAACGCAAGACAAAUACACAGGGGCCUUCUUUUCCUCCAUUGUCUGAGUAUGCUCCACCACCGAAUCCAAACUCUGACCAUCUAGUGGCUGCUAAUCCAUUUGAUGACAACUAUAAUACUAUUUCCUAUAAACCACUACCUUCAUCAAAUCCAUAUCUUGGCCCUGGUUAUCCUGGCUUUGGGGGCUAUAGCACAUUCAGAAUGCCACCUCACGUACCUCCAAGAAUGUCUUCCCCAUACUGUGGUCCUUACUCACUCAGGAAUCAGCCACACCCAUUUCCUCAGAAUCCUUUGGGCAUGGGUUUUAAUCGACCUCAUGCUUUUAACUUUGGGCCACAUGAUAAUUCAAGCUUUGGAAACCCAUCCUAUAAUAAUGCACUAAGUCAGAACGUUAAUAUGCCUAAUCAACAUUUUCGACAGAAUCCUGCUGAAAACUUUAAUCAGAUUCCUCCACAGAAUGCUAACCAAGUUUCCAACCCUGACUUGUCAUCUAACUUUGUCCCUGGAAAUAAUGCAAAUUUUACUUCUCCAUUAGAAUCUAAUCAUUCUUUUAUUCCUCCCCCAAACACUUUCAGUCAAGCAAAAGCACCACCCCAAAAACAAGACUUUAGUCAAGGAGCAACCAAAAAUACUAAUCAAAAUUCCUCUGCUCAUCCACCUCACUUAAAUAUGGAUGACACAGUGAAUCAGAGUAAUAUCGAAUUAAAAAAUGUUAAUCGAAAUAAUGCAGUAAAUCAAGAGAAUAGCCGUUCGAGUACCACAGAGGCAACAAAUAACAGCCAUGCAAAUGGGACACAGAAUAAGCCGCGACAACCUAGAGGUGCCCCAGAUACCUGCACCACUGAAAAAAGCAAUAAAUCCUCUCUUCACCCAAGCCGUCAUGGCCAUUCUUCUUCUGACCCAGUGUAUCCUUGUGGAAUUUGUACAAAUGAAGUGAAUGAUGAUCAGGAUGCCAUCUUGUGUGAAGCCUCUUGUCAGAAAUGGUUUCAUCGGAUCUGCACUGGAAUGACUGAAACCGCUUAUGGCCUCCUAACUGCGGAGGCCUCAGCAGUAUGGGGCUGUGACACCUGUAUGGCUGACAAGGAUGUCCAGUUGAUGCGCACUCGAGAGACUUUUGGUCCACCUGCAGUGGGCAGUGAUGCUUAAUCACCGGCAUUAACUAAAGGGUCCCCUCCCCCCGUGUCUUACAGAGGUUCAGUGACACAGGGUUUUAAUGUUUUACAUUAUUUUUUUAAAUGCACACACAAAAAGAUUAUUUACCUUUUAGUUUUUGUUAAUAUUCUACUUCAUUACCAGUGCAAAUUUUAUAUUGUCCUUGUUUGCUAUCUUAAAUGAGAAUAAUGUAUAUGGGGGUGCUUUAGAAAGUACUAUACUAAUAAAUGUUAGUUGGUGUUGUUGUUGUUGUUAAUCAUAAACAUAAAAAAGCCUCUUGAAGCUUCAAAAUAAUAUAUAGCAAAUGUAGGCAAGUUUUGACUUUAGAAAGUUAGAAUCAUUGAAAAAUGUACAUUGCAGAGCUGAACUUUGGUAAUAUUACAUUAAAUGGUUCAAAAAAAUUUUCAAGGAUCUACUUGACAUGUUUUCAGGAAAAGAUAUGUGUAGCUAUAACAUGGAAGAAAGCAUACAUUUUAAUGGAUGUUUUAAAAAAAAUAGAGUAUGUUAUCAGAUUUCUUCCCACUCGGGUCUUUGAAGUUAGUGACUUUCCUAUUUUCAAGUCAGUCUUUUCAAGAUAAUCUGUUUAUACAGAUAUGAGACAGAAGUUAGCAGAUAGUAGAUGCUUUGUAAGUACUUGUUCAUUAAGUUGUGGAUUGUACCACAUGAAAUUGCUAAUAUUAGAUCAGUUGAAAAAGGACUGCAGUUAGUAGAGUUGAAGUGAAAUAUGUUUCUAGUUGUGCUGUUUAGAAUUACAAUAGUAUUAUGCUCUUCAUUCAGUUUCCUUCGAUUAUUGAGUUGUUUUGUUAUUGUUUUCCAGAGAAAUAAAUAACAUAGUGUCUUCGGAAGAAUUGUGAAUACUUCUUUUAACACGAUUUGAAGCCAGGAUAUACUGCACAUGACAUAGGUGGAAACAUCAAGUUGGCCUUAGAAAGCUCAGCUGGUGAGACCUGCUCAGUGGUGGUUUGAAAAAUCUUGUUCUGGGGAUUUGGAUUCAAAGACAAGCCUCGGGGGAGAUCAGAAUCCAUUUUGAGCAAAGACCAAUUAAGAGCCAGGGUGAAGCUAACUUACAAACAACAAUUUCAAGGCCUUGAAGUAGAUAGGAGUUUUUGUUGUGACUGGGGAAGUGUAACGAUGGACUCAAGACCAUCCUCCUGGGCGAUGAUCAAGAACAGAGACAGAGGUGUACUCGCUGAGACUUAAAACAGUGACCUGUGACCAAAAAAAUCACACAAAAAAACAAACAAAAUACAACACAAGAUACUGUUUGAGGAUUGAUAGCAAUUCAUACAAUGGUUGGAUGUUGGUGAAGCUCCCAAACUUGCACCAUCAUUAUCAUUGUGACCAAAAAAGUUCUGAAGGCCACAUAGGGAUCUGCAAAAGAAUAAUUAAUUACUACUGUUUAAACCCUAGUAAAGCAGCAGCAGCAGCAGCAGCAGCAGCAGCAGUGUCUCGCCAAGAAAUUAAAAUUGUGCGUGAAACUCUUGAUUAAAAAAACAUUCUUUGGUUAAUAAACAUGACCCUACACUUUUACAUGACAGCACUUGACCUCGCAUGCCACAAGCCACUAAAGCAAAAUUAACUGAAUUGGGAUUUAAAAUUUUGUCAUAUCCAUUAUAGUCACCAGACCUUUAUCCAGCAAACUACCAUCUUUUUCAUCAUUUGAAGCUUUUUUUUAAUAAACAACAUGUUCUCCAAUUAAGAAACAGUAAUUGGAGGGAUAUGAACAGUUUAUACAGUUGAAGACAUGACAAAUUUUAUAAAAAUGAAAUACUUAAUAUCCUACUAGAAGAAAACUAUUAAUGCUCAUGAUACAUAUUUUGAUUAAAUAAAAUUUAUUUUUUUAAAUAGUGUUUUAAUUUUGACCUACAAAAACAGCAAUUUCAUAUGGUACAAUUUAGUAUGUUUUCUCCAUUUACCUGUGACUAGUUAGAGGUGAGUACAAAAUAUUUUCAAUAGAGCUGUAAAUUAUAUAUCUUUACAAUUUUAGGAAAUGAAAUGAUAUAAACUCUUAUACUAGGUACUCCUUCGUGUGAAAACUUUACCAAUUGAAGCAGGUGAAAAUGCAGUAUUUUUGGCUGACUCUGACUUUUGAUGUAUUUAGAAGCAUUUUUGAAGAUUCCAUGUUGCUUACUUUAUAUUUGAAGUACACGAUUUUCUAAAUGUUUAAGGACCUACUUAUGUUGUUCUUGAAAUCUUGAAAUCCUAGUGAGUGCUGGUUUUGAAGACACUUCCAGUGUCUUCAGAAGUUAACAUUCUACAUGGUAGUACUUGAGUUGUACUUACUGUUAGAAUUGAUUAUGCAUUUUCUUAAGCCAUCUGUUGCUUACAAUUUCAGUAGUUGUUUUGUGAAAGUGAAGUAACCUCUUCCAAGCUAGUCUAAAGGUACUUGAUUUGUAAUGUGGUUCUUUUCCAUUUCCAAAUAGCCAUUUUUGAAAACUUACAAGUGAAUUUUUAUUCAAGUAUUUAGAUCUUCUGAGCACCUUAUUUAAGUAAGUCUGUAAAUAUUCAGAGAAAAACCCGUGGUUGACUGACUGUGAGUCACAGGUAAACUAUAACCAUAGUUUGUGAAUGUUUUCAUGUAUUCAAAUUACUUUUCUUAACUAGUUCCACAUUUGUCUGUAUAUGCUUACUAAGUCAAAAGUUAGAUGUUUUUUGAUAGGAAAAGUGAUGAAGUAUAAGAAUGUCCAAUUUGACCCCAAAAGGCUAUUAUACAUAUUGAUAUGGCUUUGUUAGGACAAGUGAUGAGCUACCCUAAACAUUUUCAGAUAUUCAGUAAUGAAAAGAAUUGUACUUAUGUAGAAUAAUCUUCCAGUAGCAUUGCACCAUUUUUUAUAUAAUCCUUUCCUUCACUGAAGGCCUCAUCUCACAUGCACACAUACACCCAGAGAGAUACACAUACACAACUGAGCAGGAAAACAUGGUUUCUUCCAUAUUCUCAAGUUUUGUCUAAGUUCAACCUGGCUAACUCUCAGCAGCUAGGCUUUCCCGUGACAGCUAGAUUACUGAUAGUUUUAAAGCAUCUAUUCCUUUCCCAAAACUUGCUUUAUUCAUUUUACUAGAGAAUUCCUAGUCUACUUACUUGUUGAACUACUGGACUCACUAAUGCCGAAGUAGCUUAGCUUGUAAAAGAAAAAUUAUUCUUCAGAUAGAGUGCUUAGAAUUAGUUUUGUGAUUGGUGUUUUCCUUUGGUGCGAAAUACAUUUAGAGUACUGCUAUUAGGAUUCUUGUUACCCAAAUUAGAAGAUUAUGUACAUAAAGCAAGAUUUUCUUCUAGUGGGGCUUACUCUUCCUGGAUUAACACAAUAUAAAGAAAUCUGAUUUUUUUUUUUAAGCCUUCCAGCUCUGCCUACUGGUAGGAAAAAACCUCAGUAGUGUAGGUCAGCAUGAAUUCUGCUGACUUUAGUCAUCCAAAUAAGUAUCAGGGGUCUUCAUCUAGAAUUCUUUCAAACUUGUUUGUCUUGAACAUAUUAAAAGUGCUAGUACUUAUUGUCCAGCGUAUACUAUAGUAAUUGUAUUUAAUAGUAAAAAAAAAUGUAAGUAAUAAUUUUUUUAAGGGAGCACUAAAGAAUUUUUGGAUUUUUUUUUUACAGUGUAUAGAGGUUUCAUAUGCAUGAGCAUUCGUGCUAUUUUGAUUUUUUUUAAUUAAAAAGUUCAAUUAAGAGCAUCCAGGCUCCCAAAUGUCAUUUGUAAAUAGUGGUUUGGAACAUUAUAUAAAAUGAUUAGAUUGUUAAGAAAGCUGAUAAAGGCUUAUUUCAACCAUAAUGUAGUUAACCACUAGUAUCAUGCUGAGCACUCAGUUUUCUUUAGGGAACCAAUCAAUGUAGGAGGUAGAAAGAAACAGGGGUCUUUCCUUUUUCCUGGUGGGAUUCAGGAAAGCUAGGUUUCUUGGUGUUGUGUUUCCUAGUUGUCCUCUUACCAUCCUAAACCCUCCAGUGGAAUAAUAUAUAAGCCAACUUGUCUUUUCCCUUGCUGGAUGCUCUGUGCUUCAAAAUUUCAUCUUCUCUCCAUUCAAAAUUCCCAUUUUUUCCCCCUGUGGUUAUGGCUGGCUAGAUUUUAAGAGAAAAAUGUUUUCCACCAAGAUGUGAAUAGUGAAGAAAGUGGGAUUAAACAUUUUUAAAGACUGCUUAUUAGUUCAGAAUGAAUUUUUAUCUAAUAGGAUUUCAGACAAUAUGACCACAUCUCAGGCACUGUGGGAAGCAGUAUUUUUUAUUCAAUUGGUGGAUGCCUCUUGAGAGUACUUACCAAUUUCCUUUAGAUUGUUGGGACUUUUUACAGUUUUUCCCCUCAACUUAUGAACUCAGAGGUUUUUUCUCAUUUCAAAAUUAGUAACUUCCCCUUUCUCCCUAUUCUGUUUAUCCAAUAGAAGAGUAUAGAAGUCACAUCUGCAUUUUUCUAACUCUUGGUACAGAGAUGGAAGUUUAGAGGUACUCCUGGAGUAGGGAGACAAGGGCUGGCAUUAACAUCUCCCCUGACAUACAGUCUAGGGGAAAUGAGCAGUGGCUAUCUUUAAGCCAGAUGUGAGUUCAUCAGAGGCUGCCUGUAUUUCUUUGACAAUUUUUAAUGAAACCCAAUGGAUAAGCUUCAUCUUGAUCAUAGUUUGUCAAAAUACAUUACUUGCAAUUAUAUUAAAACUUAUUCUAAAGACUUGUACUUUUCUUGUUCUGUAGGUGGCAUAGAUGAUGUUGCUUGUUAGUUAAAUUAUCUUUUAUAAAAGAAAGUCCUGCUUCUUAUCAUGAUGUAUGUGACUUAAAUGACUGUUUCAUAUUAAAACUAUUUCUUCCUUAUGUACUGUUUACAUAUACCUCUUUUUGGGAUAUUAGUUCAGUACUUUUAUACAAAUCUGAGUGUGUUCCACAUUGGUGACAUGUAUUUUUGCAGUAAUUUUUUGUUUUGUUCUUAGAGCAUGUCUAAAGUAACACAUGCACUAGUGCUGUGGUCUGUGGCAAAAUUACUGUAAUUCAAAUUGGAAAAUAAAAUGUUUCCAGACUUUGUCCAACAUUUAUUCCUAUGGCGAAGGAAAUUACUAUGUAAUACUAAUUAUUUCUUGUGCUGGUAUGUUUAAGCUACUCUAUGAAGUAUGUGAAACAUCAAUAUUUAUGGAUUAGUAGAUGGCCUGAUGUUUUGAAAUGGGAGAGAGGGUAAAAUUUGGUGUUAGCAAUUCAUAACACUAAUAAUACAAUGAAUACUUCUUAAAAUUUUGAUUUUCCUUUCACAGUUAUAACUUAUCAAGGAAUUAAUAUCUUAAUUGUGAAUAUUGGGAUUUUUCUUAGCCUUUACUAUUAAAAUUAUAUACUAGACUUUGAACCUACUCUGAUCUCUUCCAACCAAAAAAGAUACUAUUCAUUUCACCUUAACCAAAAUAAGUAGAAAUACUAAUCUUCAUUUGUUAAAAAGCAAUUAUGAUACCAUACAAGUCCUAUGAUUUACUUAGAAUUUGUAACCAUUGAUACAAGGACUUGAGUGGUGGUUGCUUUGUAUUAUCUGAUGAAAGGUUUAUUAAUAAAAGUCAUAAUCAAGAUAUUUUAAAAAGUGUUUAAUCUUAGGAAAAUAUUAAGCUUUAUAGAGCAUUUAUUUGAGAAUACUAUUUUAAAAGCAUUCUCUUGUCUUUAAAACAAAUACCCAAAAGAAAUACCCAAAGGUGAAACUUGGCCAAUGCAAAUUGUAGAUUUGAAAUUGUAUACUUGAAAGCAAAAAAAAAAAAAAAAAAAAAAGAAUGCUUAUGAGUGCUUAAACUGCAUAUCUUUUUAAAGUAUUCAAAUUUUUAGACUUUUAUCAAUUCAAACUACCCUGAAUAAGGUUUUACUAUAUUAGUGAUAUAUAUUACAAGAUAAAUGUUUACCUAUUUAUGUUAAUGAUAUCUCUAUACAGCAUCGUUUUUGGCAUGGAUGUUGUGGUGUAUUUUGUACAUUUAAUUAUCAGCUAUUAAUAAGAUUGACAUAGCAAUAAAUCUGAUUCAGUUCUCGAUAUUUUUAAAAAUGCCAUAUACCGUACUAUGGCACAAUUCCAUUAUAUUUGAUUUGAAUGCCCAGUGUUUACAUGGGUCUAUUUUGGGGUUAAAAAUUUAGAAUUACAUAUUAGGGAUUCAUCUUUUUCCCUGGCAUCUUCACAUAUAAUGACUGAGAAAUGAGUCUCUUUCUAUUUAAGUCAUAGAGGAUUAAAGAAGUAUUAGUAUUAAAUGAUUCAUGAAUUGCUUUGUGGAAAAAUUUAAAGUAUGAAAUGAUGAGGUUACCCCCAAAUUGUUUAUUUUCUUUGUAUGGUUUUGUACAGGUUAUAGUUUUCAGAGAAAUAAAAUUGGCUUGGUCACUAAUUGAAUAUAGUGGAUAAUAGAUAGUUUGUCUAAGGGCUUCCAAGUAUUAAACCAAAAAUUCUCAAUUCUGAAUUACUUUUUAAUAAUUACUAUUAAUAGUGGUAAGCCAAUUCUUCUUUUUCUUUUAAGAUCUUUAAUUCUUAUAGUUUCCUCCUUUUGAUCCCUUUCUUUCUUCCUCAGACAUCAUGGUAGAAUUUAAGAGAAGUUUAACUUAUCUUCCGCAUUUUAGUUUUUUAUUCUCAGAUAAGUAGUAAGACGAGUAGAGGUUCUAUUGUCAAAACAGUCCAUGUUACUGUUGGCCAUUCUUUCCAAGGUUCAUACUAAAUGUCAUUUGUGCAUUGUAUAAAGAAUGUUAUUUAUCAAUAUUUAGACCUACUAUUAGUAGAAAUUAUGUAUGGCAGGCUUUCUUGAACAAUAUGUAUUGUAAGUUUGUUCCUAUAGUGUUAUGCCUCAGAUUCUUUUAAAUAAAGCUAGUUUUUAAAGAGAAAAA